UACUUUGAGCGCCAUCUUGUUUGUAACUCUUCUACGUAAGUGGCAGAGUUUCUACUGAGGGGGUAUCCGAUUACUCUUUUUUCAGCUCCAGACUGGGAACCUCUCCCUGUAGUGCACACAGGCGCAUAUCCCGGUCGCUUGAGCGUUUUUCUCGACAAAAUCAAGCCGAGCCCUUUGUAAGUGGACAGAAAUGAGCAUCGAAACGCUCCUGGAAGCAGCCAAGUUUUUGGAAUUGCAAGCCCAGCAACAACAGAAAGCACGUGAGGAUGAACUGAAGGAAAGCCUGCGUCUGCAGCAGCUGACAGAGCAGAGGCACACAGAUCUGAACUAUAACUCAACAAUCCACAUCAACAAUGUUUCUAAAGCAGAGGAGCUCCGCACUGAGUGCCGCCCAGUGCCCAUACCACCCUCCUUGCCUCCUCCCUCCAUGCCCAUUACUGUCAUCCCUAUCCCUGUGGUCACCCCCAACCCAACAGGCUCACCCACUCUGCCUGUUUCCACACUCUCCCCUCCAGCUGCUCCUCCGCUGGCCUCCCCAAAAGGAGAUCCUCACUUUCCUCAGGAGCAAAGUGCUGCAGCCCUCCUGUGCUCUCCACAACCUAAACCUGACCAUCCAACUGUGUUGACCGCCAAUCACAAGCAGCCGAUACAGAACCACCACCAUCACACACAGCUCAUCGCCCAAACCAACAACACUAAACUGCAGCAGCAGACACAUCAGCAGCUGGUUCGGCGCUAUCCUGGUUCCAUCGUCUCACCUCCACAGCAACAUGCCUUACUCCCUCAUUCGGGCCCUGUGCUUCAGCAGGCUCCCCUACAGAACAGCCCCGUCAGCCGGGGGAGUCCCCCUGACGAUGGCCGCCACCUAGACAGCAAGAAGAGACCUGGAGGGGCAGGCACAAGAGAAGUGCAUAACAAGCUUGAGAAAAACAGACGAGCACACCUAAAGGAGUGUUUUGAGACGCUGAAAAAGAACAUCCCGAACAUUGAUGAGAAGAAAACCUCCAAUCUGAGUGUGCUACGAAGCGCGCUGAGAUACAUUCAGACAUUAAAGCGCAAAGAGAAGGAGUAUGAACAUGACAUGGAGCGACUGGCCAGAGAGAAGAUCGCCACCCAACAGCGACUAUCAGAGCUGAAGAACGAUCUGAGCCAGUGGAUGGAUGUGAUUGAGAUUGACCGCGUCCUCCGUCAGACAGUACAGCCAGAGGAGGACCAAGCCUCGACCUCCACAGCCUCAGAAGGCGAAGACGUUAUGGAUGACGACCCAGAUGAAGAGACAGCACCAAGAACGCCAACUGCCUUACCCGUCGUGCCUCAAACCAUGAAACCUGAGCUGCACAAGACUGCAACACCCACUCAGACCCUGACACCCACCACCACCACUACCUCCUUCAUCACCCAACACAUUUCCAUGCAGCAAAAAGCCCCUCUGCAGCAGCCCCAAGCCCAGCCCCAGGCCCAGCCCCUACCAGUUACUCCUCCACAGCCACUGCCCAAGCCUGUACUCACAGCCACUACAUCCAGCACUCCCACUACUCCCAGUCAGCCUCUGAUCCCCACCCAGACACAGAUGGUGACCGCACCCAGUCUGCACCCCACAGUUAUUGCCCACGCUUCAGUGUCCCAUCCCUCAGUCAUCCAGGCAGUCAACCAUGUCAUCCAGGGAGGGGGUCCCAAACACAUUGCCCACCUUGCUCCCUCCACCACCAGCUCUGUGCAGUUAGCCCCUGGCCACCAGCCCAUUGGUCACAUCACCGUGCACCCAGUGGCUCACCUGAGCCAGCAUUUACCUGCCCUCUACCCUCAACCAGUGGCUGUCACACAGCCAGCUGUGGUGGGUCACAUCACUCACACACUAAACCACCCCCACCCACAGGUGAACGGCACUGCACCCACCCAGUCAGCCACCAUCAUUGGUAAGCAGACAACAAUGAGCACCCAAAUGAUGGCACACCACCCACAGCUGGUGGGUCAGACAGUUCUUAACCCUGUGACAAUGGUGACCAUGCCCUCCUUCCCCAUCAGCACUCUGAAGUUGGCCUGAGCAUUGCCAACAGGACCACCAGGACCUUCAGGCUGCUGACAGAGACGACCCCCCGAAUGGGGUGAACCAUGGGCCUCGGAUCAGGCCGUCAGUCCACCAUAAGGGCGGGAGAGCUGCUGGAGACCUUCACUAUCAUUCAGAAGCAUUACAGCAGACAGAAAGCCGGGAACAAUCAGACAAACUGCACACCUCUUUCUAUACGAGUCUACCAGUGUCCUGAAAACUUGAUCCAGAAUGUAGGACGUACCAGACUGCAUGUGGUUUGUAGUCGUUAUGCGUAUGUGCUAAUACACAGUGGGUAGAUGUGCAGUUUGAGGCUCUCACUUGCCACUCAUUGUUGAAGAUAAUGGAGCAGUAGUUAUUUUCACAUGAGCUAAACAGAAACAGCUUCAUAUAGGGAAAUGUUUUGCUGCCAGUACGAAGUCCAGACAGUGUAGGAUCAGAGGGUUGAACCGUCAUACCCAGCACACUGAGAAUGUGAUGUUGAGGAGCUCCUCCUCCCCAGCAGUGCUGCAGGGCUGGAGCUAAAUCAUGGACUGAACUGUCCCCUGCACUGGAGCCACAGGCCUCAGGGAUGGUGCAUACAGCAAUACCUCCCCCUGCUGGCUGUUUGUGCUCAAUGUAAAACAACUAUCUGUGAUGAGGAAAAAAUAUAGUUCAGUGAAGUAUAAUGCUGAUGGAUAUCAAUCUCACCGCAGCAACUUACAGUAAAAGAAUAUGCAGUGUUUUCAGGUUUUGGUUUGUAAUGUUGGAAUUAAAGGACAAUCAAAUUAUUACUUAUCUUUAUUAUUUGUCACUCAAACAUACUGGCGGUUGUUCACAGAGCACACGUACAAGUUAGUGUUUAGGAAAAAAGUUUUUGUCUCAGCUGCUAUUAUAUUCUAAAUUUUGCCAAAUAUCUACAUGCUCCCUUGAUGUAAACACAGCAGGCAGAGGUGACUUUAUAUACUUUGUCGGAAAUGAAAACUCGGUCUAAUUCUACAAGGUGAGAUAAGGGCAGCAAGUUCAGAGAUGUUGAAUGUAAACACAGAAAAGGUCCAUAAAAUAAAGUGUAUCUAUGCUGUCUUGUAGUGCAAAUGGUAGUAGGAUUGUGUGCCUGCAUGCUGUGAAUGCAUGUCAUAACUGUGUUGAUUUAGUGAUUGCUAUGAAUGCGAGGACCUAUAGCAGCGCUUUCUGUUGUUAGAGUAGCUGGUGUAGGAAUGUACAAGAUUCUGUGGCGCAGAUUUUAAGCUCUGUUAUCCAUAACUUUGGGUGGGGAUUGGUACAAAGUGACUUGAACAACCAACAUAAAUCCAAGUAAUGUGUGUUUAUUCAAGCCUACCCUUUUGCAAAGCCAGCACUGUGAAAAUAUCUACAAGUCUCAAUGAGCAGCCGACCUGCAUUUUAACAUAGCACUUAGCAGAAGAGCAAAACACUGUGCUCUCCUAAUUUAAUCUGAAUGUACUGAUCUGUGACAGAAUUUCGAGUAGCACACUCAGCAGAAGUUAAACCCUUUUUUUAAAAAAAAAAAAAAUGCGAUUACUUUAUUAAUGUAUCAAGUGUAUGUAAAGUGUACCAUUUAAAACUGAUUUUGUAUUUUAAGAUUUACCGUUGCUUGUUUCAUCUGGAGAAUAACUUCUUCUGUUUUAAUGUAAAUUUUAUAAUAUAGCUUCUUCGUUUUUUCUGGGACCAUGUACAGUGCUGUAUAUGAGGGGGUGAUAUCUACACAGACCUCUCCCGCUGUUGAUAUCACAUUUGGCCAUUUUGGAAAGUAUUCACCCCUUAACUUUUUCGUACUUUGUUCUGAUACGAUAUGAGCAGGGACAUUGCUUUUUUUUAAAGAACUCAUUUAGUGCAAAGAUGAAUUACCCCAUUUUUCCACUUUAAGACUUCAUGCAAGUGAUCUUGAGCUGUUGUAUUUUGAAAUCAUAUUGUAUUAAAACAAAAUGUAUGAAAGUUAACAGGGAUACACAUACUUGAAGAAGCAACAAUAUACUUGUGUGUUUUUCCCUAUGGAGAAAGUUUAAGGUGUAUAUAGCCUGUAAAUGUUGGGCUGCAUUUAGAUCUAACUGUAUUAUGUAAAAAGCUGGGGAAGAUAUGUAAAAUUUAUUAAAAAAAAAAAAAAUUUAAAAAGUAUACUUAAUAAAUUGUAUUAUGUUUACAAA